AUGGAAGCACCGAGCACUCAGCAUACACAAAUUAUUGAAGUCAGCGGAGAUCUUCCUGAUGUAGCAAGGAAAAUUUGCGGGGAAGCAACAUGUGAGUUCUCAGAUGCUGGAUCCAUCUCAAAGGAUGCUGAAGAACGAUCAACUUCGAUGCGGAAGCUUUUGAUAGCAGUGGUCCUUUGCGUUAUAUUCAUGGCUGUUGAAGUAGUUGGUGGUAUUAAGGCUAACAGUCUUGCAAUAUUGACUGAUGCAGCACAUUUGCUUUCAGAUGUUGCAGCAUUUGCCAUCUCCUUAUUUUCUAUAUGGGCCGGGGGAUGGGAACCGAAUCCUCGUCAGUCGUUUGGAUUUUUUAGAAUAGAGAUUCUCGGCGCUUUGGUUUCUAUGCAAUUAAUAUGGCUGCUUGCCGGGAUUCUUGUAUAUGAAGCCAUUGCUAGACUCAUUGCAGGUCCUCAAAAUGUGGAUGGGUUUUUAAUGUUUGUAGUUGCUGCAUUUGGUCUUGUGGUUAACAUCAUUAUGGCUUUGGUAUUGGGCCAUGAUCACGGACACGGCCACGGACAUGGACAUGAUCACGGACACGGGCAUGAUCACGGACACGGACAUGAUCAUCAUGGCCACAUCCAUGGUAUUUCAGUUUCUACCAAUCAUGAUAUAAGACAAACACAAGAUGAGCAUCAUCACACUCACCAUCAUGAUGAUCACAUGCAUCAUCAUGACCAUGUUCACAAAGAGGGCGCUGUACCACUUCUUGGUGAAUCAAAAGGCAUGCCUGAGAAGAAGAAACGCAACAUAAACGUACACGGGGCUUAUCUCCAUGUACUUGGGGAUUCUAUCCAGAGUGUUGGAGUAAUGAUUGGCGGAGCAAUUAUAUGGUAUAAACCUGAAUGGAAAAUAGUUGAUUUAAUUUGCACUCUAAUCUUUUCUGUAAUUGUUUUGGCCACAACUAUCAACAUGUUGCGAAACAUUUUGGAAGUCCUGAUGGAGAGCACGCCACGAGAGAUAGAUGCUACUCAACUUCAAAAGGGCCUACUGGAGAUGGAAGAAGUAGUGGCUAUUCAUGAGCUGCACAUAUGGGCCAUUACAGUUGGGAAGGUAUUGCUAGCCUGUCAUGUUAAAAUCAAUCCUGAAGCAGAUGCCGACGCCAUGUUGGACAAAGUUAUAGACUACAUCAAGAGGGUGCAUAACAUUAGUCAUGUAACUAUCCAGAUAGAACGCUAG